AUGUUCUUCAACUCCGCCGUUCUUCUAGCUGGCGCUGGUUUCGCCGUUGCUCAAUCACUGUCUUCGCAGUGCGAGAGUACACUACUGAGUAUUGCAGCCUCGUCCAGUGAUACGUGUUUGAAUCCAUCGGCACUUGUCUCGAUCGCUCUCUUGAAUUCGAGUUCAAGUAUUAUUCCUGGUGUUAACACCUGGCUUUCUGGCUUGUGCUCUCAAGGCGCCUGCAGCAACUCGACGCUCCAAACUGUUGUGACAGCCGUCGUUUCGGGAUGUUCUACCGAACUCGCGAGUCUUGGAUUGACCACUACCGAUCCUACUGCUCUCGUCUCGUCUAUUCAGGACGCCUACCCUACUGUUCGACAGCUUGUAUGUUUGAAGGACACUUCGACGAGCACUCUUUGUACUCCUGAGGUGCUAACGAACAUCCAGUCUGCCACGGCGACAAAUAUGACGCUCAAUAACACAGUUGCACUUAUCACAAAAUUGGUAACUGGUCAGAGUGCUGGAGUUCCAUCAAGUGCCAUCUGCGUUGACUGCACUAAGGCGGCCUAUACUGUCCUGAAUCAGGGCCUCCCUUCAAUUGCCAACGCUACCCAAAGUCCGCUUUCAUCUCAAUGUGGUACUAACUAUACAGAUGGUCAGAUGCCUUCUGAUAUUCAAGAGUCAGCAAGCAACUCCUCCUCAUCGACGACCAGCAGUAGCGGUGCUAUUGCGCUCUCUGUCAGUAGUCUCAACAUGGGUGCCGCUGUUGUUGCUGCUGUUUCAGCUGCCUUUGCAAUCCUUGCUUAA